GGCCGGCGUCUGCGAGGACGCGGCGGUGGAGGCGAAGGGCAGCCGGAGGCCGGCCGGACUCCUCUCUCAGAGGCUGGACGACUCCGGCUCCGCGGAGGUCGCCGCUCAGCCGGCGGCGGGCAUCAUGGCAUCGCUGGCCGACCGAGUACGGGGCAAUGGGAGGAUCGCCGCCGGGCUCCUGUUCAACCUGCUGGUGUCCAUCUGCAUCGUGUUCCUCAACAAGUGGAUCUAUGUGCACCAUGGCUUCCCUAACAUGAGCCUGACCCUGGUGCACUUCGUGGUCACCUGGCUGGGCUUGUACAUCUGCCAGAAGCUGGACAUCUUUGCCCCCAAAAGUCUGCAGCCCUCCAAGCUCCUCCUCCUGGCCCUCAGCUUCUGUGGCUUUGUGGUCUUCACCAACCUUUCUCUGCAGAACAACACGAUAGGCACCUAUCAGCUGGCCAAGGCCAUGACCACGCCGGUGAUCAUAGCCAUCCAGACCUUCUGCUAUCAGAAAAGCUUCUCCACCAGGAUACGGCUCACGCUGAUUCCUAUAACUUUAGGUGUAAUCCUAAAUUCUUAUUACGAUGUGAAGUUUAAUUUCCUUGGAAUGGUGUUUGCUGCUCUGGGUGUUUUAGUUACAUCCCUUUAUCAAGUGUGGGUGGGAGCCAAACAGCAUGAAUUGCAAGUCAACUCAAUGCAGCUGCUGUACUACCAGGCUCCAAUGUCAUCGGCCAUGCUGCUCAUUGCUGUGCCCUUCUUUGAGCCAGUGUUUGGAGAGGGGGGAAUAUUUGGUCCCUGGUCACUUUCUGCUUUGCUUAUGGUGCUGCUAUCUGGAGUCAUAGCCUUCAUGGUGAACUUAUCAAUUUAUUGGAUCAUUGGGAACACUUCACCAGUCACGUAUAACAUGUUUGGACACUUCAAGUUCUGCAUUACAUUAUGUGGAGGACACGUUUUAUUUAGGGAUCCGCUGUCCGUUACCCAGGGUCUUGGCAUUUUAUGUACACUGUUUGGGAUCCUUGCCUAUACCCGCUUUAAACUCAGUGAGCAGGAAGGAAGCAAGAGUAAGCUGGCACAGCGUCCCUGAGUUUUUGUGGAGAAAAGAAAGUUGCCCAAGAACAUAAGAAAUGUUAAGUAUAUAAAGUACUUUCAAAAAAGAAAAAAUACAGUGAUUACAAGGAGUAACACAGAUUUUAUUCUCGUAUGACUUUUUUUAGUACCAUUUAAAAAUUUAAUUCUCUAAAACCAAAAUGGUUCACACUUCUUUUCAAAGAUGAUCCGUGAGGCCAGGAAUACAGCUUCAGGCCACAGCACCUGCCCAGCAUGCAGGAUGGAGGAGCUGUAUGAAAUAUAUAGGAUGGUUUGGGUAUACCAAGUAAAGUACAUGAAAGUUAAAGGUGUGUAAUAAUGAGCAAAGGAUUUUUAUUCCAGCAGUACAGAUGUGGGGGGCUUUCUUUCCAGUGAUCAUGCUCUUGGAACUGAUGAUUUCCAAUGUGACACUUACUAUAAUUUUGGCCAAAGUGUUUAAGCCGUGCUGGGGAAUAAACCCAGGGCCUUACACUUGCUAGGAAAAUUAUUCCACUGAGCUAUACCCCCAGUCCUCAAGGCAGAAAUAAUAUGUAGAAUUUCUAUUUUAGAGGAGUUAGUUCAAUUUCUUGAUUAUUUUGUUUAUAGAAAUGAAAUGUUUAUAGAAAGCAAAAUUUAUAGAAGAUCAUAAAACAAUCCAAUUCUAAAAGUACUACUUUUCUAGUAGAAAAAAAUUUUUAAGCAAAGGUGGAAUUUCAUUUUCUUAGUAUUUUUCAAAAGAAU